AUGGGAAAAUCCACAUUUCUGAGUUUUAUAAAUUCGGAGUUACUAUCGAACCAGUGGGUCAUUCACAUGGAUCUAAAAAAAUAUAGUGCCAGAGUCAAGAACCUUAAAACAGUAGAGGAUCUCAUUGACUUCUCCUACAAUUGUCAAACUGAUGACCUAAGUGAAUCUUUCCAUACUUUUCUUAAACCACUUUAUAAGCACCUGAAGGAACAAAUCAUAUGGUUGAUAGACGACUACGAAGAAGUAAGCGAGCCAGGUUUAUUGGAUCUAUUUAAAUUAGCAAGUAAAGAGGGAUUUAAUAUUUGGAUUGUAGCUAGACCCUACUUAAAAGUGGAGUUUGAAAGCUUUUUCGGAGUAUUUUCCAUGCAACUUGCUGAAUUUGAUAAGACAGAUCAAACAAAAUUUGUCCAGAAGUACCUAACACAUAAGAAUAAAAAUGAAAAUGACAUUAAAGUUAUUAUGACGGCAAUAGAAACCAUAAGGCAUUUGCUCGAGGAUUCUUUUAUAGGUACGUGCCAACAAAUCAUGAUGUUAACGGAAAUAUUUUUGAAUCCGGAGAACAAUUUGAAAGAACAUAAGUGGCACGUUCACGACAUAUUCGAAAAGUUUAUAAAUUUAAAAGUCGAUAAUGAUUACGGAGUACGGAAAGAAUGGUAUAUCAGAACUAUAUCUAAACUGGCUCUGAAGGUAUUCUUUAAGGAUGAUGCUUUAAAAAAUGUCUUCGACAUGGAAGAAUUUAACGAAGAUAUUGGAUGUUCUAAAAUGAGUUUUCUCCACUUGGCAGUUACUUCGGGAAACCUAGAGGCUAUAAUGAAAUUAACGAAAAUCCACUGUUUCAAUGACUGGGGAGUAGAUAGUGAAGGAAACACUCCUUUACACAUUGCAUGUAACAAAAACGAUGACAACAUCCUAGAAUACUUCUUUAACCAAGCAGACCUUGACGUAGAUGUCCUAAACAAAAAGAAUUUGCAAGGUCUUCACAUCGACUCUGAAUGUUGUAAUGGUAACACCCCCUUUGUCAUAAGUGUUAUAUUCAAGAAAAUCGACGUUGCUAGAGUGCUACAAUCUAAUGGUGCUAACACUGAUCAUUAUAAUAGUAACAAUAAGUCUGCUUUGCACUUUGCAGCAUCAAAGGGAUUCUUGAAUUGUGUAAAACAGUUAAUAGAUUGGAAAGUCACUGUGAACUGCAGUGACGAUUAUGGAAAGACGCCACUGAUGAAAGCUAGUAGUUGGGGUCAUAUAAACAUUGUCAAAUUGCUGUUAGCUAACAGUGCCAAAAUAGACGAACGUUCGAGAACACCUAAAUCACGUAUAUCCAAACCAGUGAUUAGGUCGUGGUGGUCCAGUUCCUUGGCCCUCACGUUCGCCUGA